GUUAUUAUAAAUUUCAGUUUUAACCUAUUUAUAAAGUACCGGUAAUAUUGAUUUUGGCUGUUGAUAUAAGCGUGUUCAAGAAUGACAACUAAUCGCAAAAAAUGGAGAAAAGUAUUGUACGAAGUUCAAAAUGUUCCAGACAAUUAUGUGGAUGAAUCUUUCCUCACAGAAAUGCGAAAGAACAUCUACAUCAGAAAAUAUGAAUAUUGGGAUCUCGUUCGUCGAAUUGAAGUCAUUACUCAACAACUUUGUACAGUCAGCUGUUUAAUCGUUAGCUGGUGGUUGCUCGAUGAAGGCCUAUAUACUCCAUAUACUAUGUUAAAAUGGCUGAUGCCUGUUUCAGUAAUAGGCUUUUGCGUGUAUUUAUAUUUAACAACGAGCCAGGGUGAAAGAUGGAAAGCGUUAUUUAGUAAUGCUAAAACAGCAGUUGUUGUAUUGUGUUUAACUGAUUUUUUAUCUCCGAUAUUAAAAACGUUGACGCACACUAUUAGUACUGAUACGAUAUAUGCAAUGAGUGUUCUAAUGAUUUUAGGACAUUUACUGUUUCAUGAUUAUGGAUCUGAUGCUGCGCCGAUUUCUAGAGCUGUAUCGUUAAACAUGUCAUUGUUUUCAUCAGUAUGUCUUGCGUCUCGAUUGGAUUCUUCUGAGCAUGUAUUCGCUAUUGUUAUUUUAGCGUUAUUUCUUUUUGGAUUUUGGCCCAUGUUACAAAGAACAUUAAGGCGUGAAACUCCGUGGUUUAUGGAUCCCUUUACUGUUUUAUUGAGUAUAGCGACGUUUUUGUUACUACUUUUUAUUCAUUUGUAUAUAAGUCUCUUAUUUCUACUUCUAAUUGUUUUUGUUAAUAUUAUAUGUCCGCUAUUGUUAAUGUCUCUUCAAAUUCAUAAAAAUAAUAUUUAUGGACCUUGGGAUGAAGCAGUAAUUGACCCAGAUAGUCCUCGGAUAUUUAAGGAAAAGAAAUCAUUUAAAAAAGAAUAGUUUGUAAGCUUUUUAUUCUGUGAUAUUAUAAUUUUUGUUUUUUAAAUAUUUAUUGAAAUGAAUCUGGUUAAAAAAGUUUCAUUCAGAAAAUUUUAUCGAUGUAUACUUUUUGAUUGUACAAACUGUUUAUGUAUUGAUUAUUCGAAAAGAAGUGUCUCGUCUCUUUAAUUAAGAAUUGUUUCAAAUGUGAAGACUGGUUAUAAUGUUCGGUUCAUAGAUUCCAUUUGUAUGUCUAUAUGCAAAAGAAUUACUGUAGACAUAUUUGGUUGCGUGACUUGCGUCACAUAACCACUGAAUUAGCUCUAGCUCUUGAACAGACGAAAGGCCACAGUUUAACAUAUGAUUAAUAAGUCCCUGGGAUAAAUAUGAAAAAGUGUAUCAUAUGCUCAACUAUUGGUCAAUCUAUAUAAGAAAAUUUUAUUCAAGUUUUAUGUUUUUAAUUAUUUUUAUUUGAAUUGUAUAUUUUUAUAUAG